AUGGCCUCCAUCUUCGUUGGCUCCGGUACCGGGGACAAAGACCACCACCCCCACCACCACCGCCAGCAACAGAACCAGCUGUCCCCGAAGAACUCGUUCAAAAAGACAUGGCCUAGUAACCCUCAGCCGCCGACGCCUUCGUGUGCCCACGGCGAUCAGGGCGGAGCGGUGCCAAAGUGCGUUUGCGCCCCGGCGACGCACGCGGGGUCCUUCAAGUGCCGGCUCCACAGGGUAAACUCAAACGGCCACUCGACUUCCUCGGCGCCGCCGCCGGAGGCCUCGGACUCGUCCGCCAGGACGGUGGAGGCUCAGUAG